UUCAACAACAACAAAAUCUGGUCAACCAUCUCGGUAGCUUGCUAGCCAACAUACCCGAAAUAUUGGAGCUCUUUAGACGCUUUCGGUGAUUAUUAGCCACUGUGUUUGAAACAUUUCCGUCUUAUCUACUAGUUGCCCCAUUUAAUUGUUGUUGUAUGUCAGCUAACUUUACUGUCUGGUUAAAGUAGAACUAGGCUAGUCGCUAGCUAACUAACAUCAUCGACCAUGAGCUCAUUAAUGUACUACCCCCCUGCUAAAGAAGAGGUCUGUUGGACGGAGAAAGAAACUAUCGUGAAAGUGGAGAACGAAGAAGAAGCCGUCACCGUAAAAAAAAGAGGUAGAGGGUGAGUCUGUUACAGUGAAAGAAGAAGAGAAGGAAGUUGCAGUGAAAGAAGAGGACGAAGCUUUCCAAGUGAAAGAGGAGGACGUUAAUGUGAAAGAAGACAAAGAGGAAAAGAAAAAUGAGGAUGCCGUUUUUGGAGUUAAAGAGGAAGAGAAUGAUAUGACUGUCGCAGUGAAGGAAGAGGAAUACGUUUUUGGAGUGAAGGAGGGGGAGAUUACUGUCACAUUGGAGGAGGAGACUGGCGAUAUGAUUAGCACCAGGGAGAGACCAGGCUCUUACUCUGAAAGUGGAACGAGUCCCUCAGAGGAACCAGACCCAGAGACGUCCAAACCAGCAAGACCACAUCACUGCUUUCAGUGUGGAAAGAGAUUUAUCCAGUUAGGGCACCUGAAAGAGCAUAAGAGAAUGCACACAGGGGAGAAGCCUUACCACUGCUCCCAAUGUGAAAAGAGAUUUUCCUCAUCAGGGUCCCUGAAAUCACACGAGAGAACGCACUCAGGAGAGAAGCCUUUCCAAUGCUCCCAGUGUGGAAAGAGUUUUACCCGGUUAGGGAGCCUGAAAAAACAUGAGAGAAUACACACAGGAGAGAAGCCCUAUCAAUGUGCUGAGUGUGUAAAGAGUUUUAGCUGGUUAGAGCAUCUAGAAGAACAUAAAAGAAUACACUCAUGUGAAAAGCCCUACCAAUGCUCCCAAUGUGGAAAUAGUUUUACCCGGUUAGGGCAUCUGGAAGAACAUAAAAGAAUACACUCAGGAGAGAAACCCUACCAAUGCUCCCAGUGUGGCAAGAGUUUUACCCGGUUAGGGAGCCUGAAAAAACACGACAGAAUACACUCAGGAGAGAAGCCCUACCAAUGCUCCCAGUGUGGAAAGAGUUUUACCCAGUUAGGGAACCUAAAAGAUCAUAAGAGAAUACACACAGGAGAGAAGCCUUUCCAUUGCUCUCAGUGUGGAAAGGGUUUUACCCAAGCAGGGUACCUGAAGUCACAUAAGAGGACACACACAGGAGAAAAGCCUUACCAUUGUUCCCAGUGUGGAAAUCACUUCUCCACAUCAAGUAACCUGAAAAAACAUGAACGGAUACACUCAGUAGAGAAGCCAUUCCACUGUUUUCAUUGUGAAAAGAGUUUUAACAAGUUAGGGAAACUGAAACAACAUGAGCAAAGACACACAAGCGAGAAACCUAUUUCAACUGCUCCUCCUGUGGAUUGAAAUGUACCUGUUUAAAGCAACCGCAAUCACAUAAAAUAAACCACACUAGAGAGAAAAUGUAUCAAUGCUCCCAGUAGCUAGGUUUCUAUCCAAUUUGUGACAGAUUUCACAUUUUCAGAUUUCAGAUUUUCCCCAACAGAGGUGCAUUUCCAUCAAACUGACUUGUUGAAAAUAAAAAGCUAUACGUGAUGACAUAGUGCACAUAAAAUCAGAAUCAAGCUCAUCACCGUGCACUUUCACCACCAUGGGAAUUCAGUCAUAACUUAUUUCAUGUGUAGACUAAUAAAUUGCAUGCUUUUUGAAGUCGUGAUGGGAGGACCGCACAACAUAUCAUCAUGUCACUGCAACUUUGCUUCGACAUGAUGGUUAUUCUAUCAAUAUUUGUGCAUAAAAGUGUUUUCACCAGAAUUGUUCCGUAGUUCAUUUUACAGACACAAAAAAUCCCACCAAGUUGAACGAACAAGUUGUCCAUCGGCAUUUAUGAAAUUGUACCAACACUCCCUGUUUCUAUCACAUUUGUUUUGAAUUUGUUUUUAUACGGCAUGACUUUAUUCGCAUAAAAAUAUUGGAUGAAAACAUUGUUAGUGUGGAAUUAUAUUUACCCAGUUAGGGAACCUGAAAGACCAUGAGGUAAUAAACACAGGGGAGAUGCCUUACCACUGCUCCCAGUGUGGGAUGGAAUAUAUCACAUCAAAUGGACUUCAAGUUCAUGAGAAAACACAUAUGCUGCUCCCACACUUAUCACAUAUUUUUGACUGAGAAAUUGUGCUUUUGUUGACGUCACAUGAAAUCAAAUUGUAUAAAGCGGACUUAAAAAUGCAGCUGUAUUUUAUUUAUUUUUCAACCAUGAACUAAAUAUGGAGUAUGUCAGUUUGAAUGUCAGUUUGAACGGCCUCCCGCAGUCUUAUUUUAUUGAGUUUCAAUGGACUGUGUCAUUCCAGUGAGUGUGCAUAAAGUCGGUGUAAGAGAGUUAGUGCAAAAAAGGGUCAAUGCAAAUAGUCCGGGUAGCCAUUUCAUGAACUGUUCGGUAGUCUUAUGGCUUGGGGUUAGAAGCUGUUCAGGUGGCUUUUAGUCCCAGACUUUACACUGGUUCCCCUUGCUGUACGGUAGCAGAGUGAACAGUCUAUGGCUUAGGUGGCUGGGAUCUUUGACACCGUCUGGUAUAGAGGUCCUGGAUGGCAUGGAGCUCGCCCCCAGUGACAUACUGGACCAUCCACACCACCCUCUGUAGUACCUUGCGAUCGAGGGUGGUGCAGUGGCCAUAUUAUACAAUGCAUUCGGAAACUAUUCAGACCCCAUUUCUUUUUACAGAUUUUGUUAUGUUAGUAAUAUUCUAAAAUAGAUUGUUUUAGUUUUAAUUCCUCAUCAAUCUACACACAAAACCCCAUGAUGAUAAAGCAAAUGUUUUAUUUUAUCAAAUGUUCUGAAAGUCAAUAACACUGAAUUAUCACAUUUACAUAAGUAUUCAGACCCUUUACUCAGUACUUUGUUGAAUCACCU